AUGGCGCGUGAAUUUACGAUUGUGCUUGUUCCUUCGCCGCGACAGUCUGCGAGGGAACGCGAACUGCAAGCCUCGACUGUACGCUCGCACGCAGCAAGAGUGUCGUCCGCGCAGGCGGCGGUGACCAAAUGGUCCAAGAGAACGGCUGUGCUGAAUACAAGGGCCGACCACCGUGCCCGAGUAAAACAACAGCUGGGUGCGAAAGAGGCCGCCAGCACUAUCCUCGCCACCACCCUACCAGGCCCCGACGACGAGUCAAGCAUUACCAUAACGCUCCCCAGUCCGAUAAUGAUUCUAGGACAGGGACAAGUCGACCCAUUCACGAAUGAUGAUCUUCAUACCUUACCACCCAUCGCCCGCAACAGCCUCGAGUAUAUGAUGGAAACCAUAUGGGGCAAGAACAGCCCUGGCUUGAGUAGGGCGACGCUUACCAACCACAUCACGCACUGCAAGAUGCUUGCUGUUCAUUCGCCGCUUCAAUUCCAUACACAGAUCUCAUCAGCGGUAACCCUAUGCUAUGCUCUGAGUAAGGAUCCAGAGGUCUUGAAGACCCUACUGGCGACUCGGUUAAAGCACCAAACCGCGGCGCUGAGUAUCCUCAGAGACAGUAUCGCCAAUCUGACAGGCCCGCCCUCGGACGAACUGAUUGACUGCCUCAGUAGAUUGGCUGCACAAGGGGGUGAUUUGGCCAAACCCGGAUCUGUUAGUCGAUACCGGGAAAGUCCAAUCGCCGACUCGUUUCCCAUACGUCUGUACGGCUGUUUCGAGCCUUGUAUUCCCCACUUUCAAGCAUUGAGCUUCCUGAUUCGACAACGUGGAAGCCUUGAGGUGAUCGCGCCCGCUAUUUCGCAUCAUCUCUCUCUAGCCGAUACGAUGCUCGCAACGAAGCUUGGGACUCGUCCUACGUUCCCGGUACAUAGGGAUCUCCGGCAGGCCUCUGACAAACGUCAACUGCCCUUUGAUGGGGAGGCUGCUGAGCUUUGCUUCAAUAUGGGAAGCGGCUGGAAAAUGCUGGCUGAAAGUCACCCGGAGAUUGUGAAGUUGGCCCUCAGAGCCGGCGAAAUCACGUCUGCACUGGACCAAUCUUGUCGUGGGGGACAGGGUUGCCUACCUUUUCCCCAGCUCGUCAUACUGGCCAUUGCUUUUCAACAUGAUCUAUACAGCCUCGAAUCCCCGGCGGACCAUUCAAGCUCUCCGGAAGAUGCAUGUUGCUGGACAUCCGAGAUCUGUCGCUUCGCCUUGCAGAUAUACAGCGACGUUGUUCUAUUUCCCGCCCCGGAGUCGUCUGGAGUCAGACAGCGACUAGCCGCGCAGCUCUGGGGACCCCUGGCAGCCUACAACGCUGCUCGCGAUCCUGAUACCGAUACUUGCUAUCGAGAGCUGAUACUUUGGGCAACUGUUAUGGGCGCGGUUUCGGCCGAGGCCACGAAGCAUAGAGACUGGUAUCUGCGGCAACUGGUCAAAAUGGUGAUUGACCAGAACAUUAGCUGGGAGAUCUUCAAGCGUUCCCUGGCCAGGUUUCUCUGGUGGGAAUACACUCUCGGCGAGCAUGUCCGCGAUAUUUGGAAAGAUGCAUGGGGUCUUGCUCAUGCGGACGGCUUCACUAACACGCCAUCAGCCUAG